UCGUUCUCCUCGUCUCUCACUCGAGAAUAAACAGUUAGAGUGAAAGUGAUCUGGGCCUGGCUGACGCGCGCGUAUCUGAGCCUGAGUCCUAUAACAGUCUACAGACUGCAGUCAAACGAAUCGGUACUGCUUUAGUAUUACCUGCGUGUGAUCGGCUUGAUUGAGAAACGCCCAUUUGUAAUAACAAGAUUAGCGGCUAAAAUUCGGUGUUCCGUUAUCUAAAUUCUAAAGUAAAUACAAAAAGGAUACGAAACAUUCGUUAUCACCGUUAUCGCAAGUGUGAUGUAAAAAAAACAGCUAUCUAUCGCGGAAGUAUCGCUAACAUUAGAGAUCCGUUACCGUAACUUCUGUCGAUCAUCGCGAACUUGUCAAGCAGCGCGUCAAAUAACACGAUUGUCCGACGCAUUAAAUAUAACGCACCGAGGAAGUUUAGCGCGCUACAAUGUCCUUCAGCAACGUGGCAUUUCUAUUUGCGAUUCUACUUUUUGGAAUGUACGACGUUCACGGACUCAUAAGACCGAAACAUGACAAAGUCGUUGUUUGCUACGUCGCAUCCUGGGCUGCCUACAGGCAAGGAAAUGGGGCAUUCUCCUUAGAAAAUCUGCGUCCGGAACACUGCACGCACUUAAUUUACGCAUUUGCUGGUUUAAACGCUUCGAAUUGGACAAUAAGAAGCCUCGAUCCUUGGGCAGAUAUGGAAAAAGAUGGAACAGGGAACUACAGAAAAAUGACAGCGUUUCGUAAACAAGGUUUGAAAGUGUCGCUCGGUAUCGGCGGAUGGAACGAGGGCAGCAAAAAUUAUUCGAUAAUGGCUUCCUCACUGGAUCGUAGGAAGAUUUUCAUCGCUAGUGCUGUCGAGUUUCUCAAAACGUACGGAUUCGACGGGUUGGACCUCGAUUGGGAAUUUCCGGGAAGUCGUGGCGGUGCUCCGUACGAUAAACAGAAUUUUGUUAGCCUCGUGAAGGAACUGAAGGAUGCCUUUAGAGAACAUCGCUUUUCGUUAACCGCAGCUAUAAGUGCCGUCAAGUCUACUAUCGAUAUAGCAUACGAUAUUCCUGAAAUUUCCAAAUAUCUCGAUUACAUUCACGUGAUGGCGUAUGAUUAUCACGGAGCAUGGAACAAACGGGUUCUUCCGAAUUCACCACUGCGAAGCAAGGAUCAAUUGGACGUGGAACAUACUAUUACGUAUUUGUUACAACAAGGAGUCCCAGCCGAGAAACUAGUUUUAGGACUGGCGAUGUACGGACGAACUUUUGUUCUUGUUGACACAUUCCUUCCUACAACUCAACCAGAAACAGAUAAAAUAAAUCUGAUUGGCAUGCCCAGUUUGGAUACCGGAUUCAAAGGGCCUUAUACGUCCGAAGAAGGCUUUAUGGGAUUCAAUGAGAUUUGUGAGGCGUUGGUAAUGUAUCCACAAAAUUGGACAACUGGAUGGGAUAAUGAGAGCAGCACAGCUUAUGCGGUUAAGAAUAAGGAUCAUGUUGUAGUUUACGAUGAUCGUAAAGCCAUGAUAGCGAAGGUGGAGUAUGCAAAGAGGCAGAAGCUGGGAGGUGUUAUGGUAUGGAGCAUAGACACGGACGAUUUUCGAGGCAAAUGCGCAUUGCUGCACGGUGACAUGGCUCUAGUCGAUGGACAUGAUUAUCCCUUAAUGAAAUCCAUUAACGCGGCUUUAGCAAAUAAUACAAUACCAUUCGAGGGAAACCAAGCGCCAGGCACGUCGUCUCGUCAAUUAUUCUCGAAUAUUGCGUUUGCGCUAUCAAUCGUGAUAAUUUACCUUUCUCUUUGAUUAGCCCUACGGAUCAUUGACAAAUAUAAUCGAUAGAUAAUUAUAUAUUAGUAAUAAUAUAUUGAUGGCAAAACCAAUAACUGACAAACAGCGUUAGAAAGUGCUUAACGUUCGCUCGUUCGCAGAUUGUUCCUGUUAUCGAUGUUUAGAUAUUAUAACAAUAUAAUUUACAAUAUUAAUUUACAAUAUUAAUUUACAAUAUUAAUUUACGGUAUAAAAACUUAACUUUAUAUGUGCGUAUUACAUAGGCAGAUUAUAUGUAGAUUAAAAGAAAUUAUAUUUGUAUGAAAAGUUUUAUAUUCAAAAUAAUGAUGAAAUAUAUUGUUAAUAGAAAAAA